ACCCAUCACUAUAUCUAACGUUAAUAUUCAGUUUAAUAUGAGUUUGUAAUUCUUUUUUAAUGUACAGGGAAUUAGGAUUUUAAUUGCAAGCUAACCAGUCAACGCAGACCAAAUAAGUUGCAGAGAAGUUAGCUUACGUUAGUAAAGUCAACCUACUGUAAAACGCCUUUCAAGCCAUUUUAUCAAGAUACCUGGAAUCAUGAAGCAGUUGCCUACAGAUACUGUGCGGCUGCUGUCGAGCACCCAGGUCAUAACAUCGGUGGUGAAUGUUUUGAAAGAACUGAUGGAAAAUUCCCUAGAUGCUGGGGCUUCAAGCAUUGACAUUAUACUGGAGAACUAUGGUUUGGACCGGAUCGAAGUUCGUGACAACGGCCUUGGAAUCAAAGCUGCAGAUACCUCUGUGAUGGCCAUGAGACAUUUUACUUCAAAGAUCUCUAGCCAUGAGGAUCUGCAGCGUCUAGAAACAUACGGGUUUAGAGGAGAAGCACUGGGCUCCGUUUGUGCUGUGGCCGAGGUGGCUGUCACAACGAAGACAGUGGAGGAUGACAUCAGUACCCAGUACACGCUUAGCUUCACAGGGGAGGUUGUUUCUCAGAAGCCGUCUCACUUGGGUCAAGGUACAACGGUGAGUGUACUGAAGCUUUUCAAGAAUUUUCCAGUGAGAAGGCAGUACUAUUCUUCCACCAAGAAGUGCAAGGAGGAACUGAAGAAAGUACAAGACCUGCUGAUGGCAUAUGCCAUUAUAAAACCGGACCUGAGGCUCACGCUUGUUCACAAUAAGGUGGUGGUUUGGCAGAAGGCCAAGGUGGCCGAUCACAGAAGUGCCCUCCUUGCUACACUGGGGCCCAGCGCUGUUGCCAACCUGCUCCCUUGCCACCAUCACCAAGAGCAACCAGAGAUCAUUUUAGAUGGCUUUUUUCCAAAGCCUGGAGCAGAUUAUUCCUCUACAAGCUCAUCUAGCCCUGACAAAAUGUUUAUAUUUGUCAACAACCGGCCUGUCCACCAUAAAGAUAUAAUGAAGUUGUUGCGUCAACGCUACACUGCUCAGUAUCCGGGUGAUCCAGCCCGAAAUCGUUAUCCCACCCUCGUGCUUAAAAUUACCGUUUCAGCCUCUUCAGUCGAUGUCAACCUGACACCAGACAAGACCCAGGUUCUUCUUCAUAACAAGGAGGCUGUGCUCACUGCAGUAGAGGCAUUGCUGGUUUCUCUCUAUGGCUAUCAGCCUGGUACUGAACCCCAAGCUGAGAAGCAGCUCAGCCAUGAGAUGUCUCCCUCGCCAUCUAGUCCUUUGCAGACUGAUGCUUCACGACUUGUCAUUCAGCGAAGUGUAGAGAUGGAUGACAGUGUCAACAACCACGAUGGCAACUUCCUUAAAGAAGCACUUAAACACAGUGACACAUCUCUAUCAACACCAAUAAGCACUGAUGCUUCACUGGACCGCCAGACCUCAAACAGCAGCUCUUCAUCUUCUAUAGCAGAGGACUGGAUUGUCAAACAGAUCCCAGCCGAGCUUGAGUCCAACUUUUCUCUUUAUGAUGAUGAAAUGGCUCAGAGCUGCACUCAGACAAUAGAAACAGGUUCAGCAAGCAAAUCCCUGGAGAGACCUGAGGGGAAUGUGGUGUCAGGGGCAGACAUGAGCAAAGACCAGCUAUUAGCUGAGGACUGGAGCCGGGGAACGGCUCUGACUGACCCCUUGUCACGAGAACCCCUGCAGCCCGUCAAAAUCCAUCAAUCCUCAAAGCACAAUCAUUCUGACUCAGAUGAGUUCAAGAGUCAGAGCAGCUCAAACAAAAAGAUGUUCAAUGCCAUAACAGAGAAGCGGGCUGCUCUGACAGCCUACGACCUGAUCAGCAACCGUGCCAUGAGGGCACCACUGUCUCCUGCCUCCCUGUUCGAGAAGGAGGCCAGAGCAGAGGUCCUUAGAGAGAAACCCACAGCCAGCCUACAGGAUAUCAGUGUCGCUGUUCACGAAAGGUGGAAAAAUCUGAGGGAGGAAGACCGUAAGAAGUAUGAGGACAAGGCAAAAAAAGACAUGGAACACCAUGACCAAAUGACCAAGGUGGCCUCUGCUGAGGGCCCCAGAGAACCGAGUGUGAGCACCCCAAGGAGCCAUGUGCGCAGCCAGAAACGCAAGGCCCCACUGUCCAACCAGCAGCUGCUGGACGAGCUCUUCUCUGCACAGCCCCAAAAAAAGAUGAAGAACCCUGCAACUAAGCCCUCACAGCCCCUCCCCUGCAGCGUGGCUGCCCUUCGGCUGCAGCUUCAGCGCCUCUCAUCCCAGCGCAGCACAGCACCACGGGGCCUCCGUCUUGUAAACCGACUGGCCUCUCAGAGCGCCUGGGUCAUUUUAUGUGGUCAGAGGCUCAUGUUGUUAAACCCAUUUCGAGUGGAAGAAGCCUUGCUGUUUAAAAGACUUCUAGAGAAUAAUAUACUUCCAGCAGAGAGUCUGCAGAACCCUAUACAGUUAACAGAUGGAAGUCUAGGGGGAGCUGAAUAUACUGACGCUUUGUGCAACAUGGAAAAACAAAGCCCUGAGCUGAACGGACAGGCCCUCCUCUCUGAUCCUAGGCUUGUAGCUAAUGGGUUUAAAAUCAAACUCACUCCAGGCCCCACUUCAGCCGAGAGACAUCUGGAAGUGACAGCAAUGGCAGACUGCGUGCCUUUCCUCGGUGUGGAGGACCUCAGGGAGAUCCUGACUGCAGUUCUUCACAGGAAGGCCAGGACCGUCCAAGAGUGCAGACCACUUAAAGUCACAAACUACCUACAAGGGGAAGCAGUACGACUUGCCCGUCAGUUGCCUUCGAAUUUAUUCAGGGAAGAUGUAGAGGAAACCCUUCUACGGAUGGAACAGCAGCUUGGUGAGAACAGCCGGACCUGCAUCCAUGGACGACCAUUUCUCCAACACCUAUCUGACCUCCCUUCCACAGACCAGGAAGCUAAGGCUCUGCUGAGGCCUUUAGAGCUGUAAAAAUGUAGACCCCUUAAUGAGAAAACACAGCAGUGCAAUACGAAACAGCUGUUUCAUUUUAAUGCAGCUGAGUAUUCUCAAUGCAAGCUACCGGCUUUGUUUCCAUUCUCCUUGAAAGAUGUUCAACUUUGUUACAACCAGAAUAUAGAAAUAAACAAAAUUUUCCACCUUUUGUGCUUUGAUCAAGCAUGUAAUGCAUUUUGUGAACCUUGAGUAAGUUCAUUUACAUAUUUGUAAGGUAUCAAUCGAAGAAAACAGCUUUGAACUCUUCGACUGGCUCAGAAAGUCUUGAGGAAAGUAAACAGGCAAUGUUAUUUCAGCAUCUACUGUUGUAUGGUCAUUUGAGCAAUUCACUUGAUACUAGAGUCCUAAGAGUCCUAUCAUAGAUCUGUUUUAUAAAAAAGCUGGUAAAGCUCUCUGAAACCUUUUUUUUUUUUUUUUUAAAUAUCUUGUCAGGCAUUUUACUACCCAUAAUUCUUUUCACUCAGUUAUUGCCAGCUACUCAGCCUUUAGUAUUGUCAAAUACAUGUAUAAUAUCCCAGGCUGCAUUAAAUGCUUAAUUUGAUUUGAGAUUUGAGAUUUGCACUGUAAAUUCAACCACAAAGUUUUACAUAUCCCUGACAUUGCCCUAACUUGUAGAUCUGUUCUUAAAAAGCUGGUAAAGUUUUCUAAAACCUUUUUGUAACAUCUUUUGUAAGGCAUUUAGAAAUUGCUUCAUAUCUAUAAAUAUACAAACUCAUAUAAAGAGAUUUCUGCUGUCCAAAAAGGCGUAGUCUGAAGCUACAGCUUAUAAUGCCUAC